AAACCUUUUUGUCCACAAACGCACAACAGAGUCACCACUGCAAGUGUGGCCAAGUGAAAUCCAAGCUUUGGCAGUUCCGUAUCAUCUGCAGUUCGUAGAUCGACCUUCAGGUUUAUCGCUGCCCAGUGUAUUAUAUGUGCCGAGUGUAUUGUAUCAUGUCUCAAUGAUUUGAGGCUGCCGGAAACAUUCCUCCAUUUCCUGCGUGUCUUUGAAACCAUUUUGUGAACACGGAACUCUUGAUUUUCAUAACGAAACCAAACUGGGCUGUGUUAAAAAAAAGACUGUUGAUCUACUUGCCUAACUCUUGGUAACGGGCGUCUAGUGAUGCAGUCGCCGAUUGGCCGUAGCCGGGGAACAGAUGAAGCAAUUUAAGGAUCAGUGGCAGUGGAUCGUUCAUGGACAUUGUUAUUGAGGAUUUAAUGUUUCAUUAAGAACUCUUUGGAUAGGAGAUCAAAUGUUACAUGGCGUUAGAAGCUAGAGUGACAUUACAUGAGAAUCCUUUUGGAAAUCUUGUUGUAUGGGAGAAAAGAAGCCCAAAUUCGAUUUCAAGACAUCGAAAUCGUUCGACUGAAGCACUUAAAACUGUUGAUACGAUUGUGAUUAAAAACGAUGAUGGCAAGGAUAACUAUCAUACGGACUACUGCGUGCUCGCGGCCGCAACGAAAGAACCAAGUUCACAACACAGUCGAAUAAAACCUGUUCUGCUUAGCGACCGUGACAGGCAGACUAAUUUCUCAACUUCGAGUUAUAAUACUUUCGCUAAAUCACACACGAGUGGGCCUGUUUACAUUCAGCAAAGCACUACAGUAAGUCGGAAUGUUAGCUCCAUAGCUGGACCAACCAGGACUGAACCAGCUUAUGCUCCAGCCAAUAACAAACACAACGAAGACGAGGACAUCAAACUUUUCUGCUGCGGUCGAAGCGUGGAUUCGAUAAUCGAUUACGCAACGUGUAUGUGUUGUGUUAAAGGAGCAAUUUAUCACUGUACUAAGGACACGUACGAAGAGGGGAACCUUGCAGAGGAUCCUUGCGUAUGCGAUCGGGAUCCUACUUCUCGAGCUUGUAUCUCAAGAUGGGCGUGCAUGACCCUAUGCUCGUUCUUCCUACCAUGUGUAUUAUGUUAUAUACCGGCGAAAGGUUGCGUCCAGGUUUGUACAUGCUAUAAACGACAUAGAACUGCUAGUGUUAGGAGACAAAGAGGCCGAAUUAAAGGUCCUCAUUGAUUAGGAAUUGAUCAACACUGAUCGGUUAUGCCUUGCUUUUAAAUUAUAAUACGACUUGGUUCAUAUUGAUACCUCGAUCUCAGAAACAUUUACAAUCAAAUGCAGACUUUAUUUAUACGGUACUCAUUGUARAUAUUAAAUUUGUUGAAAGAUGACAUUGAAAAUGAGUUGUACUAGUGAUUCUCUUGCGGGGGUUUUAGGACCUUGUUCGGUGAGGGGUUUCAAUUGUGGGUUAUAAUGGAGGAUGUUGAGUGUUUAGGAGGUCAACCUUGGAAGGAAAGCCGUCGUCCAGUUAUCUAAAACACUGCACGUUUAGGAAGUUGCAACCCUCUAAUCCUCAAACUCAUAACGGCGUGUGUCUUGUCAAGCGGAAAUGCCGUUCGAUCACACGACUGCUUGACUUCCAUCGAGUACUUUCUAUGUUUUCAAGACCCUCUGAACAUGGGAUUCAUCUUGCGUCUAUACUUACUCCAAUGUGUGUUUACAGUCUGAUAGACAAAACAUCAAAACAUCGUCAUAGCAGGUUAAUGCUAUCUUCAGUCGUUGCUAAUAAAUAAACAUGCUUGCUACUAAACCCUUGCUUAAAAAGAGGCCAACUUAGAUAGUCCAACCUGGAGUUUACAUCAAUUAUACUCCCUGCGAACUGGAUUAUUUUCCAAAACAUGUAGCAGAGUCACUUGUAAGUACCUUUUAAAAUUCCUAUUGCCCCAAUGAAUUUUUAAUUAUUUAUAGUUUUUUUAGACAAURAUAAUACAUGCAGAUUGGCUGAAUUGAAGAAAAAAGGCUUCAUAUUUAAUAUUGAAAAACUAAACACGAUCCCUUAUAGACUUAUUUUGGUAUUGCAUCAUAAGAGUUUUAACGAGAAUAUGAUAGCUUAUGAUUGUAACAUAUUCACCUAUUUCCUAAUAGACAGUAGGUACCUUUCUUAACAGUUUGCAAUGAAAUGAGAUUAARUUACUUAAAGGAUUCUUUAGUGUACAUGGGUUUUGGUUUUUGGGUGAUUUCCUUGGGAUUGAGAUGGCAGCUUUGCUCUUAGACAUUGGUACUGACAGUAACCUAAAUCAGAUGAAGAAGAUUAUUUAAACUCCAGUAAAUGGCAAGAAUACUGAGUCACUACAUGAUAUAUAUAUUUUAGUGUUUUGGUUUUGUUGUUCAAUUUCUGUUGCUGGUACUGUCACUAUUGUCUAGUUGUUUGUGUGUUUUUGUUCAUUUCUUGAACAACCCUUGACUCUCACCUGCUCUUUCAGUUGCCUUUCUUUAGACUAUGCAAGAACUACCUGUCUGUCUAUCUGUCUGCGUAUAAACCCCCUCAAAACACCCACACGCUGUCACCUUAACCUUCAUUCACGACACAAAACUUAUGUGCAGGUCCAAUCAUCUAUUAAUGAGUAUUUUACUCCCUUUUCUUCAUAAACAUCUCGUAAGUAGCCGUGGGCAUCUUUGGUAUCGAAAAGAAGACCCGUCUAUUUGUGCCAUGUUUGUGGUAUUGUUUUAUUUUUACCUACAAAUAAACUGCCUUUUGAAAAAUUGGCUCACCCGUAAA